CUUAUUAUCAAGCUGAGCUUUGUGGUGCCAACAACUGGGAAAAUUCUAUAGCUUAAAGUCAACCAUGAAGUGCGCUUUGAUUUUCACGCUGUUAGCGGCUGUGUUAUCCUGCAGCUUGGCUGCACCCUUGGAGUUCAACGAUCUGUUUUCCGGACUUUUCCGCAGUGCGCCUAAUGCAGCGGACCAGCCUCAGCAGGAUGUGGUCAAGCGCCAGGUGCUGGCCAAUAACGAUGGCGAACUCAAGCAGAUCUCGUUCCAAUCACUCAUAGGCGAUCUGGAGAACAGUUUGUUCCAAUCCGCUUUGAGUGUGAAUGGAGCUAGUGAGUCUGACACGUUGGUGCCUGAAAUAACGCCAGAGCCAUCAAUUCAGUCCGAGGCUGUGCACAGCGUUAACAAGCGCUCAGAGGAAGUGCCCAAGGCUCAGCCUGAGGAACGCAAGAUCUUGCUGCAAACCACCAAGAAAGUGCCAGAGGGCGAGUAUAGCGGACCAGCGCAUCUGCUCAUUGAUCGCGUCUCAGUGUUGCCACAUUUGAGUGGCUCAGUGCCACUGAUACCCACGUUCCAGGUGCACCACACCAAGAUCACGCAGGCUACCAUCAAGGAGGAGGCCAAUAUUGACAAUGGCGAUGGCAAACAGACCAAGAUCAGCAUCACCAAGACAUCCAUAACAAGCACAUCGCCUGUGGAAACGCUGGAAACACAAAGCACCAGCGCUAAUCCAGAGCUGAGCAGCAGCACCGCCAGCAGCACCACUAGUGCGGCCGCCGGCAGCACCACCACCGAGCAGCUGCCGAGCUCCACCACAGCUGGCAGCACUACAGAGACAGCCAUUGUCAAGCUCAAGAAAGUGGAGGAGAAGCUCAAGGAAAAGGUCGCCGAAGUGGAGGCCGAGCCCAUAAUCUUGUCCGCACGCGUCUAAGCCUUAGCCUAAGCUCUAACUUAAACACUAACUUAGUCAUACUCACAGUGUGAGACUCACACAUACAUUUUACAUAUAUACAUAUUUAUGUCACGUUCAAUUAAAGUCAUGUGAUCUGAA